CCAGGGCUGAGCUCGGGGCGGCUGUGGUGUGUGUGAGUGUGAGGAGGGGCGACGCGCCGGGAGCUGGGGAACUCCCCGGGCCUCGCUCAGCCUCUGCCGCUCCCGAGGGUCCUGCUCACUGCGCCAGCCAUGGACGAGGAGGGCGGCGGCGGCGUACCGGAUGAUCUCUCCAUAGAAGAGAGAGAAGAACUUUUAAACAUUCGUCGCAGGAAAAAAGAACUAAUUGAUGAUAUUGAGAGGUUAAAAUUUGAAAUAGCAGAGGUUAUGACAGAAAUUGAUAAUCUGACUAGUAUAGAAGAAAGCAAAACUACACAGAGAAAUAAGCAGAUAGCUAUGGGAAGGAAGAAAUUCAACAUGGACCCUAAGAAGGGGAUCCAGUUUCUUUUAGAAAAUGACCUGCUGCAGAACACUCCAGAAGACAUUGCACAGUUCCUCUAUAAAGGGGAAGGACUAAAUAAAACUGUAAUUGGAGAUUACCUUGGUGAGAGAGAUGAAUUUAAUAUUAAAGUUCUUCAGGCUUUUGUUGAACUCCAUGAGUUUGCUGAUCUCAAUCUUGUACAAGCCUUAAGGCAAUUCCUGUGGAGUUUCAGACUUCCAGGAGAGGCUCAGAAAAUUGAUCGUAUGAUGGAAGCUUUUGCUUCACGCUAUUGCCUUUGUAACCCUGGAGUCUUUCAGUCUACAGAUACAUGUUAUGUGCUAUCAUUUGCAAUCAUUAUGUUAAAUACUAGUCUACACAACCAUAAUGUAAGAGAUAAACCAACAGUGGAGCGGUUUAUAUCUAUGAAUCGUGGCAUUAAUGAAGGUGGGGACCUUCCAGAAGAAUUGCUACGGAAUUUGUAUGAUAGUAUUAAAAAUGAGCCAUUUAAAAUUCCAGAAGAUGACGGAAAUGAUCUAACACAUACAUUUUUUAAUCCAGACAGAGAAGGUUGGCUACUGAAAUUAGGGGGAAGAGUAAAAACAUGGAAGCGGAGAUGGUUUAUUCUGACAGAUAAUUGCCUGUAUUAUUUUGAAUACACAACAGACAAAGAACCUAGAGGAAUUAUUCCUUUAGAAAAUCUUAGUAUAAGAGAAGUUGAAGAUCCUAGAAAACCGAACUGCUUUGAGCUCUAUAACCCCAGCCAUAAAGGUCAAGUAAUUAAAGCCUGUAAAACAGAAGCUGAUGGUAGAGUGGUAGAAGGCAACCAUGUUGUAUACAGGAUAUCUGCCCCCACCCCUGAAGAGAAGGAAGAGUGGAUCAAAUCUAUUAAAGCAAGUAUCAGCAGGGAUCCCUUUUAUGACAUGCUGGCAACAAGGAAGAGAAGAAUUGCUAAUAAAAAAUAGCACUUAACAUGGGCCACUUAUGGAUCUGCACUAGCUAAUGUAUAAAUGGAUCAAAGUCCAGUGAUAAGGUAAAGUAAAAAUGAAGCAAGCUGAAUGAAAACAAUUAGAAAUGCAUACACUUUUGUACAUUAUAUCCCUUUGUAAGAUCAUCCAAGAAGAUAAUUAUUUUGCAUAUGAUACUGAAGCAAGAUUCCCAAGGGACAAUUGCAAGGAAUGACUGUAAUGGAAUUUCAUUUACACUAACUGUAACCAUGGAAGCCUUUAUAUCCAUUUUUAUUUGUUGCAAUUUCACUUUUUGGGGGAGAAAAUAUUUCAGGAUCAUAUAUUCUCCUGCCUGUUCCUUGAGCAUAUUGCCCAUGACAGGAGAUGAUGAUGUAAGGACUUGGACAAACUAACACGUCACUGUAAUACAGCACUCAGAACUGGUGUACAGGGCUACUCAGCACUUAUUUUUCCUUAUGCAAAAAAACUUAAUACUAGUUUUGAAAACAUAUCCUUAGCAAUGCAGCAGCAUUCUAACCUCACUUUAUAGAAAAUGAAAUUCUAAAAGCUCAUCACAUUAGCCAUUCUCCCCAAAUGCUUAAUAGCAUUAGCUGUAAAAUAUACCUUUUAACAUUAGACUUAUUGAUACAGUGAACUCCUUAGCCCAAGCAGUAGAAUGUGUUCUGAAAAUAUGCAGCUACAAAGGCAAGAGUUCAUGGGCUGAAGAAGUGACUUUGAGGACAGAGGUUUUCUUAAGCAGGUGAAACUUGUUGCUAAAUGCUUAUGCCCUUAAUAAGCAGCAAAAAGGGAUUUGCAUUAUUAUUACUUAGAAUCUCUGAUUUUGUAUGGGUAAAAUGCUCCAAAAUUACACUGAUUUUCUUUAAAGAAGGGGCAGUAUUAAGUUAUCUCCUUAUUUGUGAGUGUGAAAGUCAAUAGGAUUACUUGUGAGAGUAAAGAGAGUAGUACUUGGUUAACAAAAACCUGGAAUAAAGCAAAC